AUGCCCGAAGAGGAGGAAGGAUGUCAAGACGGGCCUGAAGGGCGUAAGUCUGAAGGAGUCAGUGACGCCGAAGAGGCCGAAGCGCAGCCGCAAGGGACGCAAUCCGACAAGGACUUGGACUGGGCAGAGCGCUCCACGGAAUGGGGCGAUUUUGCUACCCGAUCCUUUGAUCCACGAAUGGUGGAACUUCCAACAGCAGUGUGUCUCGGCUGCGCGUGGAAGCCGGGUCUCAAGAUGCGAAUCAAGGUCUCGGUGAUUAGCUAUUCAAAGGAUUCCAGCGGCAAGCCUGGUCUGGACAUCGAGUCUGAGUCGUUGUUCAUUGUUUUCGAGCUUGGCAAGGAAUCUUUGGAGGAUCGACUGAUCCGAUAUGGGGAGAAGGGGCGGCAGCUUACUGUGGACGAACACCGUUCGCUGCAGUGGGCCCUGAUUUCGAUUGUCUUUGGGCUACAUACAAUGGGGUAUGUGCACUUGGACAUUAAGCCAGCCAACAUUGUUUGCUUUGAGAUUGAGCACACAAAGGAGCAGUGGAAGCUAAUAGAUUUGGACGGUGCGCUGUGCACUGGAACUGCGGUGGCGCUGAGCGAAGUUGUGGCAACAAUGCAGUACCUGUCACCGGAGCUUGCCAGUACCUUCCUAGCGAUGCAGGCACCCGCCAGAGAUAGGUUUGGACGGCCCCAGCGGCGAAGCGAUGAUCAGCCUGAAGAGGCAGUCAAGGAGGGUUUUGUUGAUGUCUCCAAGGAGCAGGAUGGUGGCUUGCUGAAAAAGAUCUUGGUGGAAGGAAAGGGCGAGGACACGCCCAGCCCUGGCAGCUCAGUUGAUGUGCACUACGUGGGAACCUUGCAUUCGGAUGGAAGCAAAUUUGAUUCCUCCCGAGACCGUCCUGGAACCUUCAAGUUUGAGGUUGGAGUUGGCCAGGUCAUCAAAGGUUGGGAUCAGGGCAUUCUCACCAUGAAGCGUGGUGAGAAGUGCAUCCUCCGUUGUCGUUCCGACUACGCCUACGGGCAGAACGGCAGCCCUCCCAAGAUCCCUGGCGAUGCCACGCUGAAUUUUGAGGUGGAGCUCUUCGAUUGGAAGGAGAAGGUCAAGACCCCGGCCGAAAUGACGCCUGAGGAGAGGCGUGACCAUGCGACCAAAAUGAAAGAGGCAGGAACCGAGGCCUUCAAGCAAGGCGAUUUUGCGACGGCUGUGAAUCGCUAUGAGGAUGGUGUGGAAUACAUCACCUUUGAUCCGGACUCCGAUGAUGGUCAUGGUCACAGCCAUGGUGGCAUGCCAUGCUCAGGACAUGGUGAUGCUGCAGACAAGACUGAACCAGUUGAGCUCAGUGAGGCUGACAAGCAAUUAGCCCUUGCCUUGUUGAACAACUGUGCCAUGGCCCGGCUGAAGAACAAAGACCCAGAUGCUGCCAAGUUUGAUUGCACCAAGGCAUUGCAAUAUGAUCCCAAGAACAUCAAAGCAACUUUUCGACGGGCCCAGGCAGAAUUUGAUCUCCACAACUUCAAGGCUUGCCAAGAGGAUGUGGCGAGGACAUUGGAGUUAGACCCUUCCAACAAAGAUGCAGAGGCUUUGAAGCGGAAGGCCGCUGAUGCUGAGAAGAAGGAGAAGAAGCAGGAGAAAGCCAUGUACUCAAAGAUGUACGAUGAGUGGCUGGCAGAAACAGGCAGCGAAGACAAAUUCCUGAAGUGGCUGGCGAACACCAAAGAGGACAUGUGUAGUCUGCUGGAAGGCAUGUUGGAGAAGGACCCAGAAAAGAGGUUCAGCAUCAUCGAAUGUGUGAACCACAUGUUUUUCCAGAAGAUCCGCAAUACACAUUUAGAGGAUCUUGCUGGAAUUCUCCAAGCAUCGGAUUUUGGCAACAUUGAAGAAGGAGACGAAGACGAGGGUAUCCAGUCGAGUGCUCACAACAACGUGUCACCGAACUCGCACAAAAGUCCCAAAUCGAAGUCUGAGACACUUCCGAUGACCUUCGAGAAUCCUGAGGUGCGAGAAGCACGGAGAGCCUCAAGGGCUUGCACAGUCAUGUAA